UUUAUCUCCUAACUCUAUGAAUGCAUUGAACAAUGCAUAGACAUGUCUUUGAGUUGGUUGGGAUCAAUGUAGUUCUCAUCUUCUGGUCCAAAUAGGUUUCUGUAAGAUUGUGUUGAAUCCAUAGAAAUCCAUGUAUGGAUAACUAAAAGAGAAGCAUUGAAGGGGACAAAAUUCAAGGACUUUAUUCCACAGAAGACUGGGUGCUUUUCACAUUCUGGUCCGGUCACACACCUGUAGAGUCAGGUGGAUACCUCACCUGGUUGCACCGUGGAUGAUGUGUUACUAGGGUUGCCACCUUCCGGUAUUUUACUAGCACAGCUGCCAUUUUGGCCACCCUGAUGGUAUUUUUAUAUUAAAAAUACCGGCAAUGCAAUGACCAGUAUUUAUCCAACCAAGCAUCCAACUCCCGGAAAGUUGCACCAUAAACUAUACCAGUGUUUUCCAACCAGAGCACCUCCAGCUGUUGCAAAACUACAACUUCUUGCAUGCCCGGACAGCCAACGGCUGUCCAGGCAUGCUGGUAGUUGUAGUUUCGCAACAGCUGGAAGCACCCCUGGCUGGUUAACACUGACUUGUACUAUAUACUACUGUACCGUUCAACAUGCUGGGAGUUGUAGUUUUUGUUUGGGCCAGUUGCUGAGCCCCAGGCUGUAUGGGGGCAAGCUGGGAGUUCUAGUUAGUAGCUAACUGCAACUCUUGAAUUUAAUAAUAAAAAAAAGUGAUCAAAAAGUCAAAUGGAAACAAAAAUGGUCCUGUUAAAAACUACAGACCGGGGCACAAAAAAUGAACCUCAUACAGGCCAUUAUAAGGAGAAAUAAAAAAGUUAUAGGGGUCAGAAUAGGACAAAAUUUCCACCCGCAUAUGUGUAUCAUGUGAUCUCACGCAUAUAUAAUUAAUCAUGCAAAUGAGCAUGGCUGGUAUAUAUUUUUUUUGCAAGAAAGGUGGCAACCCUAUGUGUCACAUGUGGGUCAUAUAAAGUAAGUGGUGUGGGGAUCCUACAAGUUUUCCUCGGUCCACCCCCAGGAAUAUCCAGGCCAGUUACCCCAAUUUAACUGGACUACAAAAGGGUUCAACCAAGGAAAACAAAGGUAAAAUAUACAUAAUAAGCACCAUCUGACCGCCAAGUAAUGCAUAAAAGAAAGAAAAUGUGCAAAGAAAAACAAAUACAACAGAGCAUACAGAGAUAUAGGGCAAGGAAAAACCAGACAAUAAUGAAUAGAGAACCGUAAUCCCAUAGGGGGAAACUCUUUUGUUGCACUUUAUGAUUGGAUUUAUAUUUGGAAUCCUAUAUAUAUUACAUGUGAAGAGAGAUUAUUAUUUAUUACCUGCGGUAUUGGAGGAACAAUUUACAGCGAUAUAAUAUCACCACACUUUUAUCCAUUUACUUUAUAUUAUUGAGUAUUCCCGUGCCCAUUAUAAAGACCUGUGUAGAGGAAGAGCAGUGCAGUUCCCAUAGCAACCAGUUUGCUUCUUUUAUUUUUCAGAGGCCUUUUUAAAUUGGUUGCUAGGGGCAACUGCAUCGCUCUUCCUCUGCACAGGUCUUAAUAAAUCCCCCCCUAUAUGUACUCUUUACACACUGCUCCAGAAGACCCCGCUGCACCUUCUAUUCUCCCUGGGUCUGGUUUCCUGCACCCACACCAUCUUGGGCAUCCCAACUUCCAUCUGCCAGGACACAGUACAUGGAGGUGCCCCAAGGGAUCCGUUCACACCUUAUACCAAGUGUAGGCCCUUCAAGGAGUCUUAUAUGGGUUUGCAUAACCACUAAAGCCAUCAGGGACAUAUUAUUGUGGGACUACAAGUACCAGCAGACCCACCUUACCACAACACUGCAUGUAUGGAUAACGAAAAGAGAAGCAUUGAAGGGGACAAAAUUCAAGGACUUUAUUCCACAGAAGACUGGGUGCUUUUCCCAUUCUGGUCCUGGUCCGGUGACACACCUUGUAGAGUCAGGGGGAUACCUCACCUGGUCGCACCGUGGAUGAUGCGUCACUAGGGUUGCCACCUGGCCGGUAUUUUGGCCACCUUGACAGUAUUUUAAUAUUAAAAAUACCGGCAAUGCAAUGACCGGUAUUUAUCCAACCAAUCCUCCAACUUCCGGAAUGUUGCACCAUAUACUAUACCAGUGUUUCCAAACCAGAGCACCUCCAGCUGUUGCAAAACUACAACUUCUUGCAUGGGCAUGCUUGGAGUUGUAGUUUUGCAACAGCUGGAGGCACCCCUGGUUGGUAAACACUGACCUAUACUAUAUACUACUGUACCGUUCAACAUGGUGGAAGUUGUAGUUUUUGUUUGGGCCAGCUGCUGAGCUGCAGGCUGUAUCAAGGCAUGCUGGGAGUUGUAGUUAGUAGCUAACUGCAACUUUUGAAUUUAAUUUAAAAAAAAGAAGCGAUCAAAAAGUCACAGCGAAACAAAAAUGAUCCUGUUAAAAACUACAGACCCGGGCACAAAAAUGAGCCUCAUACAAGCCCUUAAAAGGAGAAAUAAAAAAGUUAUAGGAGUCAGAAUAGGACAAAAUUCCCCCCACAUAUUUGUAUCAUGUGAUGUCACGCAUAUAUAAUUAAUGAUGCAAAUGAGCAUGGUCGGUAUUUUUCUCUUGCAAGAAUGGUGGCAACCCUAUGUGGCACAUGUGGGUCAUACAAAGUAAGUGGUGCGGGGAUCCUACAAGUUUUCCUCGGUCCACCCCCAGGAAUAACCAGGCCAGUUAGCUCAAUUUAACUGGACUACAAAAGGGUUCAACCAAGGAAAACAAAGCAGAAGCUAGGCCCUAUUUUCAGCACCUGAAUAGACAUGACUGUCACGACAGGUAACCCUGUGUGUCCGGCUGCACUUAGCCCACUGGGCUACUAGAGAACCUUCCGGAGGGGACUGCUUCCUUCUCCUGGACUACGAGACACGGUAUCACAUAAGCCAGAAUCAAGCAUGGAAUGUAAAGAAAGAAAGACCGACCUGACUUUACCUGAAAUGUAUGAAUUCUUCUUUGAUGAUGUGUCAAACACAGUAUCACGUGAGCCACAAUCAAAUAUGCAAUGUAAAGAAGGAAUUGUGUGCACGCCAGAGAUGUAUGAAUAUUUCUUUAUUGAGGAUAAGGAGGAAAAUAGAGCCAAAAGCAAAAGUGACGACACAAGCCAAGAAUCGAGUAUAGAUUUAGCUUCAACCUCCUCGGCCAUUGCUACUUGGCCUGAGGCCUGUGAGUUUUUCUUUGCUGAUGGGCCUCAAGAUCAAGACCGAAAGGGCAUUAUGGUCAGUGUACAAUCUUCCCAACUACAAUGUGCUGCAAACAUCAUUCAGUCCUUUGUUCCUAAAGGACUUAAAGGAUCCACAGUGAGGAGAGCACAUACCAGGAGAGGCCCACAUGGAAGAUUCCAUCCUCAAGAACAUCCAGGAACACCUGACGAAUCAAACUUAUCAACAUCAGGUGCUAUUGCUCCAUAUUUGUCCCCCAGUAGAAGUGAUGCAUGCUUGGUAUUCCUUGCCUUAGCAUCUUGGGCUGUGAAAUCUUCAGACUUGCAGUCUUCAGAUGGAUGGAAGACAGCUUUAUUGGCAAACAUCGGUGCUGUCUCUGCCAUAGGGUAUUUGCGGAGACGAAGUAGAAGAACCUGGCAAGACUCUCCACCACAAACUGGAGAUGAAACUUAAAUGUCCCGACAAGGAGCAACAUAGCAGUUUGGAUGGAAACUCUCUGGGUUG